UAGAAAUUACCGAAAUUCUUCUGAAAAGCAGAAAAAAUGAAGCUUAUUCUGCCAAAGACUUGUUGUGGAUGUAUAAAAUUGAGAGCGGGAGUUAUAAUUAUUUCUACGCUUUGGCUGAUGACGGCACUGCCUAUGUUUACACUAUCAUAUAUGCGUUAUUUAGUCUUGGUGCGAUUUAUGGUCUUGUAGCCGCUUGGUGUUUUAAUACGUCUAGAAAUUUAAAACUUUUUUCCAUUUUUGCCAACGUCGUUGUCACAAUUCUCAUUGCUAAAGACAUUGCAGAAAUUAUUUACACCAUUGUGAACAGAAAAAAUUAUCUGAAUGAAUGUCUUAGUGAUCCUUCGAAUAGUUCCAAUUUCACUAGUUCUGAUCUGAAUGACCUUUGUCUCAAUUCCUAUAACAUUGCUUUGAUAUCUGCAGUUAUUGGUGCAAUUAUUGAUACGAUCGUUUUGAUAUAUUUUGCCAUGAUCAUCGCUUCUUACGCUGCAAGCCGUAAGAGUAAAGAAAUUAGUGGUGAAAAUAGUACGGAAAAUGGAUCGGAAAAUAAUACAAAUAAUGUUAGCUCGGAAAAAGAAUACACUAAAAAACUUGAACCUUAA